AAGUCGGAGAACAACCAAGAAUUAUCUAAAAUCCCAAAACAAUAAAAAUGGCAUUAGUAUUCUCAUCUCCAUCUUCUUCAUCUACUCCUUCACUCCUUCCAUUUUCAUGGCCGCCCAUUACUUCCUCUUGCCGCUGCUCCCAGUUCAGACCAAUCACAGCUUCCCAGGUCUGCUUAACCUCUCCCCCGCACGACACCAUCGACAAAUCCUCACUCUUAAUUUCAGAAACUGAAGCCGAAGACGAGCUCUGGGCCGCCUCUUGCCUCCGUGUCCGUUCUUUCUUCAAAAGCUUCGAAGAUUCUUCUUCUGUUCGUAUCCAAGAUCAUAAAAAGUACUUAGCGGAGCUCGAGUUUGAAGCUGUUCAAGAACGAAUUGCUGGUAAAAGAAUUGGCUUUCGGAGAGUUUCUUGUAUUAAUGCUACUCUUCCUUUGUCUCAAUUGUCUGGUGAUGAUUUAUGCGCGGAAUGUAAGUAUACCGCUAAUGGCGAAGAUCGAGUGGUAGUUGGGACUCUUGAUCUUAAUCAAUGUCUAAGAUUACCCAAUGAGAUGAUUGGGAAAAAACCUGAGGGAACUGGAUCUGAUAUUUUGAGGGCAUACCUGAGCAAUGUCUGUGUUGCCAAGGAACUCCAUAGACAAGGCUUGGCUUAUAAACUUGUUGCAAAGUCCAAAUUAGUAGCUCAACAAUGGGGCAUUACCGACGUAUAUGUCCAUGUUGCUGUUGACAAUGAACCCGCAAGGAAGUUAUACAUGAAAAGUGGGUUUGUAUUUGAAAAAGAUGAACCAGUAUGGCACGCACGGCUUCUUGAUCGGCCGCGGCUGCUUUUAUUAUGGUUCGGUCUCGCAGCUACACAUGACUCGGAAUAAUACGGGCAUGCUCUAUUCUUCGCUCUUGAAUUAUUUUUCAUGUUUAUAGUAUUAAAUACAAUUCCCUUUCAUCACAAUAAAUUGUAUAGUGUGCUUCUGAUAACAUACUUUGCAUCUUUGUUACAAUGGAAAUUAUGCUUAUUAUUCUGAGCAUUUUGGUCCU